AUGCACGCGAGUACUUCCCCUUCAUUUAUUACCGACCAUCGCCCCUCCACUCCCCUCAGCUUUCCACCUGCCUCUCGACACGCUGCGCUUCCGCAGAUCCAGUAUUUGCAUUCGCCGCCACCCAAGACACUGGCUCGUCCAGGUCGGGCGCCCGCCAAGCUGCCCGCAGAGCACGCUAUGGCGGGCGACUGCUUCAACUCCGGUAUGUCGAGCGACGACGACGAGCACGCAACGCCCAGCAACACGUUUGCAAGCACUGGCGCCGCGUUCUCACCGUUUCGUAACUCGGACGAAGGAGACGGUGAAGCUGUCAGCGGCAUCGCGGCCAUGAGCCUCAGCUUCAUCAUCAACGGAGAGAUGAGGCAGACUGCCGAGGUGGACGACGACGACGGCAGCAGCAGCACCGGUGGCAGCUCCCGCGGCGGCUUCGACCUCUCGUCCAUGCUCAACACGGUGUGCGCCAAGCCCGACUGCUAUCGCACCAUUCGCGGACCGAGCGGCGCGUUCUGCAAGUACCACAAGCAGAGCCGGUUCUGCCGCGCCGACGCUUGCGAGAAGAGCGCCAAGACCGGUGGCUUCUGCAUCGCACACGGAGGCGGCAAGCGCUGUGCUCAUCCAGACUGCAACAAGAGCGCCAAACAAGGUGGCCUCUGUAUCUCGCAUGGUGGGGGCAAGCGAUGCAGCGAAGCCGGUUGCACCAAGUCGGCGCUUGUGGGCGGCUUCUGCUCGGCCCACGGCGGAGGCCGCAAAUGCCGGACGCCGGGGUGCACCAAGACAGCGCUUCUGGGAGGUCUGUGCAUUGCGCACGGCGGCGGCAAACGCUGUCAGGUCGAAGGCUGCUCCAAGAGUGCUGUGGGCGGCACGCUAUGUGUCUCGCACGGCGGCGGCAAACGCUGCCAGGCUGAGGGUUGCAACAAAGGUGCCGUCCGCAACGGCGUGUGCAUCCGCCACGGUGCCAAGCGCGACCACUCGAUGGUGUCACCGUAA